AUGUCGGCGUCGCAAUUCGACCGACGGAGCUCGACCUCGCCGUCACCAGCAACCUUCAAGUUCCCAAGUUUCUCAGAUGAGACGCUGCAGACGACACAGCAUGUCUACGACCCGACUCCAGCGUCACCUAUGCCACAACCGCUCGGGCUGCCAAACCAUCUGCACAGCAAUGAGCGUUGGCAGGCGCGCAGAGGGUCGCACACCACGAACGGUUGGACGCCCAAUGCCGGCGGAGCAGUGGGCCGCCAUGGAAGACAAAAGAGCUUGAGCGAGGCAAUUCGGACAGUACGAGGGAGAAGAGGCAGCGUCAGCCAGAACGCCCACGAGAUAGCCGACGCUCUCAAGGCCCCGGUCUCUGGACGGCUCAUUUUCCUGUGUGCCAUCUGGUACACAACCUCGAUCAUGUCCAAUACCUCGUCCAAGGCCAUCCUGACCGCCUUGCCCAAGCCCGUGACCUUGACUCUGAUCCAAUUCAUGUUUGUAUGCUCGUGGUGUCUAUUGCUGUCCUGGGCUGCUCGCAUCCACCCACCUCUCCGGAACUCGAUGCCUGUACUACGUCACGGUAUUCGCAAGCCUUCCCGUGAACUCAUCAUGACCACCCUACCCCUGACUGCUUUCCAAAUCGGUGGCCAUAUCCUCAGCUCAGACGCCAUGAGUCGCAUCCCAGUCUCGCUCGUCCACACUAUCAAGGGCCUGUCGCCUCUCCUUACAGUCCUCGCCUACCGCUUCGUCUUCGAUGUCCGAUACUCGUAUGCCACCUACAUGUCGCUCGUACCCCUGACCCUGGGUGUUGUCAUGGCCUGCUCCGCUAGCUUCAAAGCAAAUUUGCUGGGCCUCGUAUACGCAUUCGGCAGUGCGCUCUUGUUCGUCACUCAGAACAUCGUGUCCAAGAAGCUGUUCAAUGAGGCCGCCAAAGCCGAGGCCGAUGGUUUCAGCACGCGUAACAAGAAGCCUGACAAGCUCAACCUGUUGUGCUAUUCUUCCGGUCUUGCCUUCAUCUUUACUCUACCCAUCUGGCUCUGGUCAGAAGGCUUCUCAAUGAUCGGCGACUUCCUAGCCGACGCCUCCAUCGAAUUAUCCGAACGCCCUGGCUCCCUCGACCACGCCCGCCUGGGUCUCGAAUUCAUCUUCAACGGCUCCUUCCACUUUGGUCAAAAUCUCGUUGCCUUUGUCUUGCUGGGUCUCGUUUCUCCAGUCACCUACAGCGUAGCCAGCUUGUUCAAGCGCGUCUUCGUCAUCGUCUUUGCAAUCAUCUGGUUCGGCAACCCCAUGACCAAAAUCCAAGGCUUUGGCAUCGGCCUCACGAUCCUCGGUCUCUACCUCUACGACCGCACCAGCGAUGCCGCAAAAGCAGACAAACGCGCUCGCGCCCUGCAAGAAGGAAAAGACACACUACUUCCUCUAGCGGGUGGAGAGAACAAAAAGUCAGAUGCAAACCUUUACUCGCAAUCACCCGCCAACUAUGGCCCACCCUCCCACGGGGGCUAUGGUCUGCCGAAUGGAGCCGAGCACAGUAUGCGUGCCAGAGCAUCGAGUAAUGCUUCGCCUGGCUCGUGGCUGCCUCCCGGCACCAAGGCGGAGGAGACGUGGAAUUCAGAAGAUCGCUUUGGUCCUAAACAGAGUAUAGGUGUCAGAUAG